AUAUUGCAUAGCGGCUGGCUGUAUGGCGUAACAUUUAAAAAAUUGCCUUAAAACUCAGAAGUAGGAACUUAAAUAUAACAAAACAAUAUGCCGUUAACGGAAUAUGUGGCAUCAUUAUCUCAAAAUCCCUAUUUUGGGGCCGGAUUUGGACUCUUUGGUGUGGGUGCCGGUGCAGCGAUUUUACGUAAAGGUUUUCAGACUUCUAUGAUGUUAUUUAGAAGACACUGUAUGAUAACACUAGAAGUUCCAUGUAGGGAUAAAUCUUAUCAGUGGUUGUUGCAAUGGAUUACUCAAAAAGGCGCCAAACAAACCCAGCAUUUGAGUGUUGAGACAUCAUUUCUCCAGAAGGAUACAGGACAAAUAAAAACAAAAUAUGACUUUAUACCUAGUGUCGGUCAGCAUUUCUUUAGAUACAGAGGUGCUUGGAUAAAAGUUGAUCGUACAAGAGAACAACAAACUCUUGAUCUUCACUUGGGAAUUCCAUGGGAGACUGUCACAUUAACGUCUUUUGGUAGAAAUAAGCAACUAUACUAUGAUAUUCUUGAAGAAGCUAGAACUAUGGCUCUCAAACAGCAUGAAGGUAUGACAGUGAUGUACACAGCAAUGGGUUCAGAUUGGAGACCUUUUGGUCAUCCAAGACGAAGGCGACCAAUACAAAGUGUUAUUUUACGAAAUGGCUUAGCAGAUAAGAUAGUUGCAGACUGCUUAGACUUUAUUGAUAAUCCAAAUUGGUAUACAGAUAGAGGAAUACCUUAUAGACGAGGGUAUCUGCUUUAUGGUCCCCCUGGUUGUGGUAAAUCUUCAUUUAUAAUGGCAUUAGCAGGUGCUUUGGAAUACAAUAUUUGUGUUUUGAAUCUCUCCGAAAGGGGCUUAACAGAUGAUAGAUUGAAUCAUUUAUUAAGUGUGGCUCCGCAGCAAUCAAUAAUCCUUCUAGAAGAUGUCGAUGCAGCAUUUAUUUCUCGAGAGGAAUCAGCACAGCAGAAGGCAGCGUAUGAGGGUCUCAAUCGAGUGACAUUUAGUGGAUUGCUCAACUGUCUAGAUGGGGUUGCAUCCACGGAGGCCAGAAUUGUGUUCAUGACCACAAAUUACUUGGAGAGGUUAGACCCAGCUCUAAUAAGACCUGGGCGGGUAGACGUGAAGGAGUUCGUGGGCCAUUGUGACGAAACGCAAGUGGAGCUAAUGUUUUUGAGAUUUUAUAAGGAUGCUGAUCACGCCAGGACAUUUGCGAAAAAAGUAAUGGAGAAAAAGAAGAACGUGAGCCCAGCUCAAAUACAAGGCUACUUCAUGUUCCACAAACACUCAUCACCUCUUGAGGUUCUGGAUAAUGUGGAGGCAAUAUGGACUCUGGGAUAGUGAAUCGUGAUUUUGUGACAAAUAUGUAUUGAAGACCUUUUAAAUGUUGGAGUCGGACUUAGUUUUGUAUGUAAUAGGAAUUCUGUUUGAUAUGUGAGCACCAAGGUUCAGGGCCUCGCCAACUAAUCGUCAAGGAUGUAGAAAUAGGUACAGAGAAGCUUUGAACAUAUCCUUCAAGAAAAGAGCGUACAAAUUCUUAAAAGGCCGGCAACGCACUCGCGAGCCCUCUGGCAUUGAGAUUGUGCAUGGGCGGCGGUAUCACUUAACAUCAGGUGAGCCUCCUGCCCGUUUGCCCCCGAUUUUAUAAAAAAAGUUUUGACUGUACAAGAAAACAUAAGAUAGUUACUAAUAAUUUAAAAAAAUAUAUAAAAAUACGUUCUAUAUGUUCUCAAGGACAGCCCCUAUCCAGAGACAUGGGUAAGAGUCGAGACUGGGUUGAGUAUGACUCCCGUAUGUCAAAAAUUGGGAAGGCGUCAUCACAAACAAUAAUUGUACAAUAUGGUCCUUCUGAACAUGACCAAGUUCUUGAACAUUGUCUACUUUCAGAUUUCUGUAUAGUUCUAAUAAAUUGGCGAUCAGUCUUCUGACACACGCAAGCGACUUUAGGACUAAGUCUAGUUUCCUCACGAUGAAUUUUCUCGUACGAGCAUAGAAAAGAAAGAAAGCCCAUAGGAGCCGGAGUUCGAACCUGCGACCUUAGGGAUUAGAGACGCUGAAUACACUAAGUGCUGAAAUAGUUAGACACAUAAUUUUAAGUACCUUGUCUGUUGAUAAGUUAUGUUUUUAGUUCUA